AUGUGUCUUGUUUUCCAGCUUUUUGCUAGUAAGACUGCUGAGCUUCUUGCAUUUCACCAAAUUGAAGUGAAAAGCUCCUAUCCCAAAGAAGGGUAAGCAGUGUGAUAAUUAUUAUUAUUAUGAAAACAAGGUCUUAAGAGCAGUUUGUCAUAAGACAAUGUUUGAUCAAAAUUUGCCCAUGUGCGACAAAAUCCUAUCUGCUGUAGGACAUGAUGACCAGACAGACCGAAUAUUUAAGACUGUCAUUUUAUAGCUGAUGAUUUGUAUAGCAAUUAAAGAGAUUAAUAGUCAACUUCAAAUGUAUGUCCAACAGUUUCUCUUCCUUUUCCAACUAAACUGCUGACCUGGUCAGAGAUCAGUUCUUCCUAAAAGGAGAGAUUAUUUGCUUGACGGUCUAACACUUGUCUUUUAAAUUAAGUGCAAUAUUGUACAUGUGCCAAACUGGUAACACAAAUACAGUUUAGCUGUAAUAUGCCAAAAAUGGUGAUGUUAUGAUUAUGCUUUGUAGAUGGGUAGAGCAAGAUCCAAAGGAAAUUCUCUCAUCUGUAUACUAUUGCAUGGAACAAACAGUUCACAGCUUCAAAGAUUUAAAAAUUAAUCCUGCUGAUAUUAAAGGUAUGUUUGAUAAAUAUUUUUUUAUGUAUUAGUAUGGCUAUAUCUUACCUAGCCGAGUUUUGGAAGCUACAAGAUGUUUUUUUCUAAUUCAUUAGUACUCUAUUCUUUUCCAAAUAAUUGUCAGAUGACUCUGGAUUUUAUAGAGAGACCAGGUUCUAUAAAAUUGGAUUGUGAACGCACAGCUGUGAAAAAAAAAAAAAAAAGAAAAAAGAAUUUAAGCUAGUCUCUUGAGCAAGCAGCUCUAUAUUUUGCCUGCCAGGUGUCUUAGUUAAUGAUUUAGUAGGUAGAAUAUGGCUUGACUGGAUCCUUCCCCAUUGAGCAAGUGAGUUUUAAGAGUUAUAUGUAGUUGCGCAGAAAAAAAAUCUUAAAGUCCUGAGCUGCCAGACGGGAAUUCUUUCAAGCCCUGGAAUUACCAUAUUGACACCUCAAUUUAACCUUUGUUUUUCAGCUGUUGGAAUCACAAAUCAGAGGGAGACUACUGUGGUUUGGGACAAGCUUACUGGAGAACCACUGCACAAUGCUAUAAGUAAUAAAAUGUGUCUGCUUUUGCGUGAAACUGUAACAAGCAAUUUAAUCCAGCUUUAUUUCCCCCAUAUACAACACCGUUUUGGAAGGGUGUUGCAUUUGCAAUUUAUUGUACAUUUAAUGGGUUUAUAUGAGUGAACUGGGGCAUACUUUGUUUGCAGUUUGGCUUGACACAAGGACGAAAUCCACUGUUGAUGACUUUGAGGCCAAAACAACUGAAAAGACAAGAGAGCAUGUUCGAGUAAGUGUACAGUAGAAGGGUCCCAAUAGGUUGCGCCAUGCUUCUUUUGUACUUUCAACAUAAUCUCUAGGAUAAUUUGAAAUUGAUGCACCCAUAACUAAUAGUAAUGGAUCAAAUUUUUAAUGAUUAUGUUGCUACUGUAGUUUGUAAAAGUCAGAAAGCUGGUACUCCUUGAAUUAUUGUUUCAGUCUUAAAAUAUUUAGAAUGGAGUAAACCAUCUCCAUUGUGGUAAAAUAGAAAAUUUGGAAGUUAAGUUAUUUUUGUAAGUUUUGAACCUGAUGAUCUGGAAUAAACCAGGAAACACAAUUUUUUGACCAUUUAAAAAAUUGAGGCGGGGAGGGGGAGCAGGCUAAAGCCCCCCCUCCCUAACCCCACCCUUUCCUCAGUCCGACUGCCAGGGAUUUUUAUGGCCUCAGUGGCCCACUUACAUCCUACAUGAAAAAAUUUUGUAAGGGCUAUGAUUUUCUCUUCCUCUCAGAGAAGAAUAGAAGGUCUAACCAUCUGAAGAUGAGGAACAUUAGGCUGCACCCUUUUCUUCUCAGAUAUUUUAAGACCCUGAGUGUGGGUCUGGUCAGGAAUGAACUCAUGCCUACAUACCUAAUGAGUUGACAAAUAAUCCAGUAAAUAGGCAUUAGGGUACAGUGUAUAUCAUUAGAGUGUUACUGUCCUGUUUAUAGUAGUGACAAAGAAAAGCAAGUAAAAUGUUGGGUAGACUAUUUUAUUAUUUUGUUGUUAUCUCCUUGCAACCUUUAUCAUUUGUAGAAAUUGUGCGGUCUUCCAAUCAAUACUUACUUCAGUGCACUAAAGUUGAGGUGGCUCAUUGAUCACUGUGAAGCAGUAAGAAAGGCUAUUGAUGAGGAAAGGUGUUUGUUUGGAACCGUGGACUCAUGGUUGAUUUGGGUAAACUCAUUUUACAUGCUAUUUCACAGAAUUUUCAAUACUCAGGACUAAAGUUUUUCGCGUACCCUUCUUCUUAGCCCUUCCAGCAUCCAUCUGAAAAUUCCGCUUUAGUAUUCACCCACAAUGUAUAUGUUGUGGUUCAAAAUUCUUUGUGGUUUAAAUUUUAUUUUCUUUUGUUUCAAACUCAUUAUCAUUCAUUAUCAUACCCCAAUACAAAAGAAAAUAAAAUUUAAACCACGCAUAAAAUUGAACCACAACGUAUACAUCUGUAGAUGUUUACUGAAGUUACAUGAUAAUUUUAGGAGGAAUUUUCAGUUGAGUUUGCUUUUCUUGUUUUAGUUAUGUGAAAUUUUGUCUUCUGUUUUAAAGAAUUUGACUGGCGGAACAAAUGGGGGCUUACAUAUCACAGACAUCACCAAUGCAUCAAGAACAAUGUUCCUCAACCUGGAAACUCAAGCCUGGGAUCCAUACUUGUGCAAGUAAGAUAAUAUUAUUGCAGCAGUUACUGGAUGAAAAUGGCCCUAAAAUAAAUGCCGUAGAUCAAAGCAAAAUUACAGCUAAACUCCUCCCUUGAUUAAAUGCUGCACCCAAUAAGAAGGAUGUAACAUUUGUUCCAGGAUUUUAAGAAAAACUAGUUGUUAGUACAACUUGGUAAUCUACACCGUUCAGAAAUUUCCAAUAUUCUGUCUCAGCAAAAAUAAAAAUAAAAAAUGAUUUUUCUGAGACGUUCUUUUCAAUUAAUUUCAGGUUUUUUGAUAUUCCUAUGUCAGUUUUACCAGCUGUUAGAAGUUCCUCAGAAAUCUAUGGCAAACUGGUGAGUGUCGGUUUUUACUUGUUGUUUUGUGUGUUCUAAUGAAAUCAAUAAUUAGAACACACAAAACAAGAGAGUUCAAAAUUAAACAUGAAUUUGGAAAAAAAGAUGGGUCACAACUUUAAACAUCUAACUUACAAAGUGUAUUUGGAUAGCCUGCUAAUGAAGACUUAUUUCCAUGCAUUUACAGGCUAAUGUUGGGAUAAUAGGACAAGAAAAUAGUAGACAUUUCUUGGAAAAUCUAUAUUUUUUAUGUAACUGCGUGAAAUUACAUUUGAUUUUCUUUUUGUUGGUUUGUAGGUGGAAGGACCCCUCAGUGGAGUGCCAAUAUCAGGGGUAUGACAUUAAAUGUAUAUAGAGGAUAUUACACGGUGGCGUGAAGAUAUGAAUUUUAUUUUCGAGUGGCAAAACAAUAUUUUACGAACGAGCGCAGCGAGUGAGUAAAAAAAUAUUGUUCUUGCCACGAGAAAAUAAAAUUCAUAUCUUCAAGCCGGCGUGUAAUGUUCUUUUUAUUAUAUAGACAAAAUGACAUCGAUAAAAUAAUGGAGGGAAAUUACUGAAAUUACAUCAUCGAUAAACUCACGUGUGAGAUUAUGGAAAAUAAACCACUCAGGUCCCGGAUGUAGUUUUUAUGAAUUUUACGAGGGGUAUAUUUUCCAGUAAAACACUCGUGUCUAUAAAAUAAAUAGAAAUAAAGUCAUUUAUUCUAUUGUUUUGUCUUUUUGUGAACAAUACAAUGUAUUUAUGCCAACAAAAAUGUGUGGAUAUAUCCUACAGGGCUCGACGUUGCGACCUGUGGGGUCACCAAUGCGACCAGGUUUUACUCAGUGGCGACUAAAUUUUCACCGCUAGUCGCCAACCUGGCCACCAAGAUAGGUGACUUUCUUCUUUGGGUAAACGUAUACUAAUGAUAAUCUGUUAUCCUUUACAAAACUAACGGAUAGCUAACGGUUUUGCUAACGCUCUAACGUUUUGCCCAAACGCUCUAACGGUUUGUCUAAACAUUUUAACGAUUUGUCUAAACGCUUUAACGAUUUCUUUCAACACUCUAAUCUACGUUUACUUGAAAGAGGAUUGUGAAAUGAAUGAAUUCGACGAAAGACUUAUCGACUUUCGGGCAAAUCGAUCGCAAUUCUCAACAGAUCGUCCCGUGUUUCUCCGGGAAUGACUUUUAGCGCAUCGAUAUUUAAAACAAUUUCUUUUUGCCCAACAUGUAUCUCGAUUGCGGACUCGAUAGCAGAUUAGUCUGAUAAAAGCUAAAGCUAAUCGAAGCUAAUCGAGAACGAACAGCGCUUACUCGAACUUCGCAAUUCUUGUAAACAACUUUACGCAAAUUUCUGUUGAGCGUGGCGACCCAAAUAAAAGCUCUGAAGUAUUUUAUUGACUUCUAAUGAAGUACCGUUGAACUCAUGCUGUUUGUCUAACAGACUUCUCGCGAAAUCAACUUCAUUGCCCGAAAACAUUAGCGACGUUUCCUCUUUCUGGAGACUUUCGAUCACGUGUUAGGCAACCGCGAAAUAGAUGAAGUUUCACCGAUGUUCAUUUCUGAACGUGCAAAUACAUGGGACGCAAAACAAAUUUUGCAGAUUUUGUUCUUUAAUAUCCCAAAUAAGUUUUUUUAAGAUUCCUUAAGUUUGUUUUUCUUAAUGUGUAUUCCAUUUCCUGAACCUUAAGCUUGAAUACCUUAUAAUAUAUAAUUUUUGGCGACCAGAAUACUUGUUCUGGCGACCAAAAAUGAAAACAUGGGGACCUGUUGGCCCCAAGAUUUUUUUCUGAAAGUCGAGCACUGUCCUAAAGGACAGUGAGCCAGAGUAAGGUGCAACAUGAGAAUCAUACAGAAACUAUUAAUCACUGUGUAGAUCUCCUAUGGGUGAUCUGGUCUGGCUAAAUGUUACCAUUCUCUUUCUUGCAUAAAAACUCUUUAGAAAUGUCUUUGGUUAAGAUAGGCAAUCAAGAAUAUAAAGGGUGAAAGACAAAGAGAAUGACUAAAAUUAAUAAUUUAAAUGAUGUAAGGUUAGUGCAUUGAGGUGUUUGGCAUUGAGGUUGGUGCAUUGUAACAAGUUUGUAAUCCUUAUUGCAGUGUCUUGGAGACCAGCAAGCAGCUUUAGUUGGACAGCUGUGCUUUAACCAGGGAGAUGCUAAGAACACGUAUGUACAGUAAAUGGUUGUUUAUAUUUUACUAGGUGAAAAUGAAGUUCAGGAGUCAAUUUAAUAAACUCUUACUUGUGUAAUUUACGAGUGUAGCCAUUGUUUUAGAGUCUGAAAACACUAUUCGUCUUAUAAAUUACACUUGCAAAAGUGUCAUUAAAUUGACCCCAGGUUAAAAUAGUUUCAACCUAGGUUGACUCUCAAUUUCUUUUGCCUCUUCCCUAUUUUUUUUUUAUCAUAAACAAUAUAAAUAUCAGGGUAAAAAAAAUUGAGAAUGAACCUAUGUUGAAACCAUUUUAACCUGAAUUUUAGUUGACCUACAUGUACAACACUUACAUGAGGUCAGUGUUUGAUCACUCUUAAACUUUGUGUUGUAAAAUGUUGUUUAAGACUAAUGAUUGCUUCACUCUGUAGGUAUGGCACUGGAUGUUUUCUGUUGUACAACACCGGAAGAGAGGUAUUACAGGGAUUUACUCAUACACUGAUAUUUUUUUGGAAGAUUUGUAAAAGAUUUAUGAAAAUUUACUUGUCUGUUGUCUUGAAAGAGUCAUAUUCUUAUUUCCAUUAAAAUACUUGGCUCUAUAAUAAACCAGGUUUUAUGUGAAACAGAAAUGUAUCCUCAGUGAAUUGAUCUUAUUAGGUGCUGACUAAUCUUUUGUAUUACUGAAGGCAGUGGUUUCACAGAAUGGUCUGCUAACAACAGUAGCUUACAAACUAGGACCUGACCAGCCAGUGGUGUAUGCCUUAGAGGUAAGCUUGAUCAAUUAAUUACAGCAUGUGUAAAGUAUGACUUGCACUUUUGGGACUGAGUCAAUUUUCACUUAUGAUUUCCUUUAUUUUACAGGGCUCUGUUGCUAUUACUGGAGCAGCUGUGAAAUGGCUGAGAGACAAUCUUAAUCUCUUCAACAAGGCUUCAGAGAUAGGUAUUUAUUUUUUUAAUAGCUCUGCUAGUGGCUUUCUACUCUGGCUGAGGGUUUUGAAGCAUGAUGCAAACUCAUACAUUCCAUUUAUAUGGUAGUUUGUCUAGGAUUCAGGGCUGUCACUUGGGGCCAGGGCCAGGAAUUCCCCAGGCUAUUAUGAGCAUGACCUAGUGAUUUUGUUAGAAAUAGUUAUGGUGAGUCCUUGGACUCAUCGUGUGAAAAAUCAUGAGUCCCUGUCCAUAACCAAUGAGUCCCAGUUCAAAAAAACAAGGAUUCCUAAAUAGUUAUUGAAAAUACUUGGGCCUUUACAGUGUAUGUAACCAGACAGUUAAUCUGGAGACAGACGCCAAAACUCUUUAUUACAGUUUACUGAAAUUGAGAUAUAGUCCUUCUACAUAUUUAAAGCACAAAAAAGACUAAAAUAAAUAUACAUCUUUAAACAAAAGCAACAGAAAUCACACAAACAGGAUAUUCUACCUAAAAUCUUCAAAUUGAUCAAUUGUUCUUUGCGUCCUCCCGGAUGCAUGCCAUGAAUUAUUAUUUUGCGUCUUUUGGGGUUUUAUGUGUCAGGGAUGUAGGUUGCAGAGGUAACAAAAUCACUGAUAACCCUCAGCUACUUUCAUAGGCAACAGAAGGAAAAUAGAACCAAGAGAGCUUUCUGAUUGUUCAAUUUCUGUCACACCUGCAUUUUAAUUCCAUCACAAAAAGUCUGUGUGUCAUUGAGUGUAUGGUUGAUGUUUUGCAGGAAGAAUAGCUUUGUCAACAUGCAGGCCAAACUGUUGUGGAAUUACCACACUUAAUUAUGUGACAAAUCUUCAUUUUUUUUUACUCGCAGAAACUUUGGCAGCCAGUGUAAGCAAUUCUGGUGGUGUAUACUUUGUACCAGCAUUUUCUGGGCUCUAUGCACCAUACUGGCAAACAGAUGCUAGAGGGUUCGUUUAUCUUGUUCUCAUUUUUAUGUGGAGGGUAUAAAUUAUAUCAGUUGACACUGAAUGGUUGCUGUGACCGACUUUUUGAUUACAUUGUACUUACUGUUGUUUUUCAUUGGAAGAGUAGAAAAACAGUUGUGGUUUACAUUUAUGUGCACUUGUAGUUGUUUUUUCAUUUGAGCUUUGAUUAUACUAGUAUAAGAGGCCGGGUAAUAGCAACUUCAUGUCAUGGAGUAGGUAUGGGCUGGACUUGUGAGAAAGUGUUCCCUUAGAAAAAUGACAGGGUUGCAUUUGUAUGUCAGAAGAUUUGAAAACUAAUUCCUUUCAGGUACCAGAAUCUCAUCUUGUGGGUGUGUGUCCAAUUCAUUUUCACCCCUCAGAGCUACCAAAAUCAGUUGAGUUCAAAUAGGUCACUUGGUUUUUCAGGACAGUACCUCAAGAGGCUCCUAACACUCUAAUGGUGUUCAUUUUAGAUUGAAACACCCUGAGUGGAUCCAAUCCACAAAUUUUACCACCGAAAGGUACCAUCAUCAACCCCCUGAUUUUUAUGUGGGAGUACCCUAUAGGCUUUCAUACGGAGGGGUAAUAGGGUAGUUUGGUGGAUAGCAGUGCUGCCACCAAAGUUAAUUUUAAGGGCUUGCUUUGUGGAUGUUACCUUUCUCUUCAGAAAGACAUAAAAAAGAAAAUGCUCUUAUACUUUUUUGUUUAGAGUUAUCAUAGGACUAACACAGUUUACCAACAAAGCACACAUAGCAAGAGCAACUCUUGAAGCCACCUGUUUUCAGACAAGAGAGGUAUGAGGAGUUUUUAACCACAGCUAAAUGAAGGAUAUUAAUAUUUGCAAGAUCUAAGCAAAGUACUCAAAACUAGGGUUAUAAUUUUCACUGAUGAAUGUUAUACACUGUCAACGUACUGAACUUUUUGAAUGUUUACUAAUCUGAGCGUUUAAAAAACUGAAACUGCAGAAUAGAAUAAAGCAUUGUCUUAAACUGCGUUUUACACCUGAUUCAUAUUUUCUAAGAGGUUUGAAAAUACAAGCAAUAUUAACAUUGAUGGCUUGUAACUUUGUAGCUUUUAGAUGCCAUGAACAUGGAUUGUGGAAUCCCAUUGACAUCUCUUCAAGUUGAUGGUGGAAUGACUAUAAAUAACUUGUUAAUGCAGUUACAAGCUGACAUUCUUGGAAUUUCUGUAGGUAUGGACUGAUUUCAGAAACCAAUCAUUUUUUACCUAAGCCGAUCUAUGCCCAGUCAAUUUGUACCAGCACAAAACCACCACAAAUUAGGAUUUCUUAUGUAAAUAAAAGAGCUUGACAAUCAUGCAGGCAAUCACAGGAGAGCAGUAGAAAUUGAGUUUAUUGUAAACAUGGUGGGUAUGGCAGAUAACAUAUGAACAUUUCGGCCAGUUAAACUGCUCUGUUAUUAACUGUAUUUCCAUUGUUGUUGGUAGUUCGUCCAACAAUGCCUGAAACCACUGCUCUUGGUGCUGCAAUGGCUGCUGGUAUGGCAAAAGGAGUGGAUGUGUGGAAAGUAAAUCCAGAGGAUAAGUCUCAAAUCAACACUGAUGUGUUUGAACCUGCUGUAGAUCCAGCUGGUAAGUUUAUAAGACAUUUAUCAGAUGGUAAAUGCGGUUAAUGGAACAUGAAGCCCCAGCGGGGGGUUGGCUAAGGUAGCCUGCCCCAAUGUAGGCUCCCUUCGAUCUUUAAAGCCUUAUCGUGGUUGGAACCUGACUAAUUUGUCGUAUGUUUGUCAUCAUACUUUUCUUAGCAUCGCGCAGUUAUGGCUAGACUUAAAUCAUGAUAAGACUAGGUAGCUUAUGGUACAACCGUAUUUAUUGGUCGAGAUUUGAGACACUGUCUAGCUAUAAAAGAUCUGCUAUUUCAGACCUGGUCAUUAUUCGUCUAGCUUGCACGAAAGCAAACAGUUACAGUAAUUUUGUUACCCACCCUCCCUCCCUAUGGAGGAGUUUUGUUGUGUUAUGUAUCAAUAAAUUUUAGGGGUCACUCCUUGUGGUGCGGUUAAGUCUGUGUCGCGACUUCCCCCAAGCUUUUGGCAUUGCUUCUGUCUUGCCAUCUUAUUCAUUUGCCUUAAUCUUGUUCGAUCCAGCCCGUGCGGCGCUGGGGAGAUAGGAAAGGCUUUGUUAAUACUCUUGUCCUACCCCACGGUAGUGGGGUGAUAAGUGAGGCUUGUGUUUUUGCUGUGCGCAUAACCUAAAGUUGCUAGAACCUGCCACAGGGCUGUGUCCCCCCCUUAUUACACCAUCUUGUAGUUAUUGUCUUAUUUGCCUGCGUACACUAUUUAGUUGUGUUACCUUUUCAUGCAUAUCUCAAGCAGAGUAGUGACAUUAACCACAACCAACUGUUGGUGUUCACAUCACCUCAUCAAAUUUUAAACUAAAGAAAUCAACUGUCCUUCCGAUUUUUUAACUUUCAUGAAGUAUUAGGGCAGCUAAAAACUAAUAGUUAUACAAAUUUUUACUUUGAAACGGUUCUUCAUUUUGUGAGUAUAGUGUAUGCUAAGCUUUUUCAUGACACGGCUUUUUCACGAUGGCCUAGAGAGCUUUAAUGUAAGUUAAAAAAGUGACUGUUGGUUGCCAGAUGCCAUGUUGGUGCCCAUCCAAAUGGGCACCGACAUGGCAUUUCCAUACAAUGCUCUAUAAAUUUGGGUAAAUCAGUCCUUUCUUUGAUUUUGUUCAUUUUAUUCCUGUGAAAUAGAGCGGGAUCGCCAUUAUGCUAAAUGGAAGAAAGCAGUGAAGAGAACAAUGAAAUGGGAAGUGAAUGAUGAUGAAGAUCAAGGUAAAAAGAUCUGA